CCCACCGCCUGUCACGUUCCGCUCAGCUGCACUGUCCGGAGCACGGCCUCAGACUAACAGAAUAUGGGACGCCAUGGAAUUUUACUUGGAGAUUGAUCCCGUAACACUGAACUUGAUAAUACUGGUGGCCAGUUAUGUCAUCCUGCUCCUGGUCUUCCUCGUCUCCUGUGUGCUGUACGACUGCCGGGGAAGAGAUCCCAGCAAGGAAUAUGCUCCCGAAGCGAUCCCCGAGAACAGGUCGCCCAUCCGCCUGGUGGUAAUGCAACAAAGUGCAAACUGGAGCAAGGCCUAUGAGAAUAGCACCAGCCUGCUGGAGAAAAAAAUCACUGUGGUCUGA